UUUUUUUUUAUUUGUCUUUCAUUCACUCAAUGCCAAUUAAUACAGAAUUCAACUCUCGUAAAGAACAAGUAGUAUCCUCACUAGUUGAAUAUGUGGAUCCUGAACGAAGAGAUAAAUCACCAAAGGGGUUCAUUGAUGCACCCAUUUUAGAUCUCAUGCACAUCAUUAAUCAACAUCCCGAUUAUUAUACCACAAGUAGUUGCUCAGGUCGUGUUGCCAUCUAUCAAGAAGGUAUUCAGGUUCAUGGUGAUAAAGAAGAAACAACUACAAAGGGAGGAAUAUGGCUUUAUGUCACUCAUGAUCCCGUGCCUUUACCUACAACAGACAAAGAAGAGUGGAUCAUUAAAUUACUAUUCAAUAAUCAAAAAGUUGUAUUCAACAACAGUCAAGAUGAUCCUAUUUUAGAUAGACAAUUAAUUUAUUUCAAGUUUGAGCCUCUGAUUUUGCAUAUUGAAGCCUCUAGUCAAGAAAAGGCAAUGCAUCUCGUCAGUCUAGCCAAUCAAGUUGGAUACCAAAAUUCAGGAAUCACACCAUCACGUCGACAUAUGCUUGCUAUUCGCUCUACAUUAAAAAUUGACACGCCAAUUGGCUAUGUCAAAGAUAAUACAAUCCAUUGUCUUGUUGAGCCUUCCUAUUUGAUACUCUUAUUUGAAAUGUCAAAUAUAAAAUUUGAACAAAACUUGCGACGUAUGAAAAUAUUCGAGGAUGCAAUGAAAGUAGAAUUAGAGAAAGCGAAUAGUGAAAAAGAUAUAAAAGAAUGGGAGACAAGAGAGGAACGUAGAGAGAGAAAGAAGAAAGAAGGAUUGGCUAAACGAAUGGCAAUAGAAAAAGAAAAGAAAAAAGAAAAGAAAGAGAAUCUUGACGAUUUGUUAGAAGAUGUUAGUCAAAUCGUGUUAUAAAUAAAUUUAUUUU